UUGACUCCACGCCUCCUCUUUCUUGCGCCGCUCUCUUAUCCUACGCACCUCCUCCCCCUUCCCCCUCUCUCUUUCUCGCUCUCUAAUAUCUCUUCGAUCCUUUAGUUCUCACUUCUCAGUGACUUGGUCCUUUCUGCUUAUUUUUCAGAAGUGUCUCUUCUCGUUCAGACCUCUAAACUAGGAAUCAAAUGUGAGGGGGCUUCACUGAGGGGGACUAGUCUUCUUCCAUUUCCAGACACUCUUUUUCAAGAGCUAUGAGCGGUGGCUGUGGAGUGAAGAUUAUUCUUGUGUUUUGACGAUUGUUUGUUUCCUGGGUUUCGAAAUUGGGGCUUUGGGGGUUGUUGAAUCAUGGCCGGGAGUGAUGAAGUCAACCACAAUGAAUCUAAGAGGGUGGUUCCGCUCAAUACUUGGAUUCUCAUUUCCAAUUUCAAGCUAGCAUACAAUCUCCUUCGCCGGCCAGAUGGCACUUUUGAACGUGAAUUGGCGGAGUUUCUUGAGCGGAAAGCCCCCGCCAAUUCUUUUCCGGUUGAUGGGGUUUUCUCUUUUGAUAUCGUUGAUAAAACAACCGGUCUUCUCAACCGGGUUUACCAGCCUGCGCCUGAAAAUGAGGCGCAGUGGGGGAUCAUAGAGCUGGAAAAGCCCUUGAGCACCACUGAGAUUGUACCUGUCAUUCUUUUCUUCCAUGGUGGAAGCUUCACUCAUUCCUCCGCCAAUAGUGCUAUAUAUGAUUAUUUUUGCCGCAGGCUUGUGGGGAAUUGCAAGGCAGUUGUGGUGUCCGUGAAUUAUCGCCGGUCACCCGAACAUCGAUACCCAUGUGCAUAUGAUGAUGGAUGGGCAGCUCUUAAGUGGGUUAAAUCAAGAUCAUGGCUUCAGAGUGGAAAGGACUCCAAGGUUCAUGUGUACUUGGCCGGAGAUAGUUCUGGUGGCAAUAUCACUCAUCAUGUUGCAGUGAGGGCAGCUGAAUCAGGUAUUGAGGUAUUGGGUAAUAUCCUCCUUCACCCAAUGUUUGGUGGGCAAGAGAGAACUGAAUCAGAGAAGAGAUUGGAUGGAAAAUACUUUGUCACAAUUCAAGACCGGGAUUGGUACUGGAGGGCUUUUCUCCCUGAAGGGGAAGAUAGAGAUCAUCCAGCAUGUAAUCCGUUUGGUCCCAGGGGCAAAAGCCUAGAAGGGCUCAAUUUCCCCAAAAGCCUUGUUGUCGUGGCUGGUUUUGAUCUUGUUCAAGACUGGCAAUUGGCUUAUGUUGAAGGGCUCAAGAAAGCUGGGCAAGAUGUGAAUCUCUUAUUCCUAGAGCAGGCUACUAUAGGUUUCUACUUCUUGCCAAAUAACGAUCACUUCUAUUGCCUCAUGGAGGAGAUAAAGAAUUUCGUGAAUUCUAACUGUUAAUAAACUUCUUUAACCUUACCUACAGCCUACAAGCAGCCAUACUUAACAGGAGCUUGACAUUUCACUCUGGGUCAUUUUUCCCCAUUCUGCAGUGAUGGUGUGUAGUUAUGAGAUUGUGUAGUGCUACUUCUUACUGUGUUACCAUUAUGGUGCUGAUAUGGGAGUUCUGCACCUUUGGAAAAUAGUUGUUCUUGGUCUGGAGAUAACUGCCUCUUUCGUUCAAGUCUUUAGAAGGUAUUUCAUCCUAGAAGGCCAGUUUUAGCAAUUUGGUAUCAGAUCGGAGCUCAUAUACGAGACUUGGCUGAACCAACUAAUAGAAAAGCUCACCCCUUUGCCUUCCAGUUGCAAAUAAGGAGAAGUAUGGGGAUAACACUCAGGUUUAUCGAUCAGUUUCAGUAAAUGGUUACUAUUACAAGCACUAAUUUCAGAAGAUGAACCGAAAUAUAUCCAUUGUAUUGUGAACGUGUAUGUUAUAUACUUGUGUUCUUCAGUUAUAUAAAGAUUUUGUUUGCUUAUUUACUUUUCA